UAGUCUUUUUUAGAUAAUUUAGUAUUGUAUAUUUUAGUAAGAAAAGUUAUUUUUGUGUGUAAAUUUAUUUUAUAAGUCAGAUACCAAGAAAAACAGGACACCCACUUUUUCAAAUAUAAAAUAUUUUAUACCUUUCUAAGGUAUAUUAUUUUGGUGUUAAUUUUGUUAAAGAAGAUCCUAAAAUUUGUGUUGACUUAAUUUUGUGAGUCUGAUUUUUAAAACUUUUAGUUUUGAUUAUUUCUAAAUGCUAGUUGAUCGGUCUAUAUUAUAAAAGUAAAUGUGUGGUGUUUUUUUAAGGAUUUAUAGAUCUUAUUUUUAGCAACCAAUGUAGAAAUGAUACCAGUUUGUGUUUAACCCAUAGUUAAAUACUGUUUUAUUUAUCCUCUAUCUGUUCUUACGCAAGCCUAUUUUCUUUCCUCUGUAACCUUCCGCAAUUGUUUCUGUGACAACAUAAUACAGCUGAUUUCUUGUUUUUAAUGUAGAACUUUAAAUUUAAUGAAUUUAAAUAUAAAAUUCUGGUAGUUCUUUACCUACUGAAUUAGGCGUUAUGUUUUACUUCAACUAAAGUAAUGGUUAAUACAGGACAAGAAAAAUGUCUAUAAACAAUCAUCAGGCAGUUGCGAUGUUGUUGCAACAUGGAGUAUCUGAAAUUUUUAGUUGUCAUCUCAUUUGCAUCUUGCAUAGAUGCCUCUCAAUAUAGAGUAUAUGCAUCACCACUUUCAUACUUUGGAGUAAGCGCAUGGAGUAUUUCUUGGGAUCCACCAUUUCUUUAUAAUGUCAGCAAUACCGAAAACUUGACACUAAUUAGCUACCAUUUUAAAUACUGUUUAUAUGGAAACUGCAAAACGACUUUUCUUCUCUCAACACCUUUUGUGACGUUAACCAGAUUGACUCGUGAUGUUGAUCAUGAUUUUACAAUUUACGCAUAUUCAGAUACCGGAGCUUUGUCAUGGACCGAGCGAAGUGGAAAACAGUUGUUUACAGAACGAGCUUUGGAAUGUCGCACUCAAACGUUUUUCUGUAAGACAAGGACAUGCAGCAGAGGCUGUCAUGGUGUACAAGAUUGUACAAGAUACUCGCUAGGAAAAGGUAGAUCAUGCUGGAAUUACAUUGGUCCUCCUACUAUCACUACUUUAAAUGUUGUCAAGAAAGGGAUAUCUUAUAUAUCGUUGCAAUGGGCUGCACUGGAAGAACCUAGUUUCUCUAUCUACAGCUAUGAAAUUGAAAAUUUAGAAACAAGUCAGAAAAAAGUGGUUAUGAAAGAUAAAUACAAAGGUUUUAGAUCUCUUAUCUUUUUCGAACAGUUUGAAAACCUUACGCGUGACACUGUGUACAGUUUCAGAGUACGAGCUCUCAGCUCAUUCCAUCCAAGUGCAUGGUCACCUAUUGUCAAAGCAAAAAUUGGAAAAUAUCAGAGGAGGCAAACAUAUUCUAGGGCACUUGUGCCGGUGAAUGUUAAAAUUGCACCAGUCAAAUUUGCAGAAUCAACAACAUGGAAAGUCGUUUGGUCCAUGCCAGAGAUUGUUGUAAAGAAUAAGACCUUUGAACCACUCUAUCGCAUAAGUAUUUGUGGAGUGCGUGGGUGCAAAUAUCAGACGGUUCACAGAAGUAGAUCUUCUCUGUUGAAAAACUUGCAACCUAAUUCAACAUACAGCUAUACUAUAUAUGUUUCUAGUUACAGCAUGCAUAUUAGAUUUUACAACAUAUCACAUUUGUGGAGGUCCCAAAAACAAAUCUUUCACACAAAAUACAGAGAUAGCUGCCCUUCUUUUUCUUGCGAAAAUGUCAAUCAAUGUAUUGAUAUUUUAAAAACGUGUGAUGGAGUGGUUGAUUGUGCAGAUAGUUCAGAUGAAAACAAGUGGGCUAAUUGCAAUGUGCCAGGUCCAAUAUCUUUGCAAGUCUUGAAGACUGGUGACGAGUUCAUUACAGUACAAUGGCGCAAAUUAUCUUUUGCGACAGUGAGUAAAUACGAAGUGAACCUAAGAGGAAUGGGCGUGACAAAAAUGUUUUAUCACAAUACGUCACAAACACACAUCAAGGCAAAUUUUACUAACCUUGUGAAGAUGAGGAACUACACUGUACAGAUACGUGCUUUGAAUGCGAUCGGAUGGGGACACUGGUCGCUAGUUUCAGCUGAAACCACGACUCGGAUUGGUCUUCCUGGUCCAGUAGAGAACGAUAAGAUUGUAUCACGUGUGGCAAAUUCUUGGAAGUUAUCAUGGACCCCACCUUCUAUUUUAAACAAUAACGAUGCUGAUAAAUUAAAAUAUAUCGUGAAAUAUUGUCUUGUGCUGUCUUUAAGGAGACAUAUUUGCUUGUAUACAAAAAAGAGUGGUCACACGUACGCAGUUUUGGAUCGGCUUCGUUGGAACGGGUUGUACGUGUACACAAUAACAGUCUACAGUAGUUUGAAUAAGCAAGGCUUGAAAGAAAAAACAUCUUACUUCACGACUAGAGGGUCAAAUUCUAAGGAGUUCAGGUGUACAAAUGACUACUAUAUCGCACUUGCUACUGGCGAAUCCUACGUUGGGAUAUAUCCCCACUAUAAACAAAACACAUUUUAUGAAGUGAAUGAGGUCGUCAGCUUUCAAUGUCCAAGCGGUUUCAAUUUCGAAAGUGGAGAAAAAAGAAAGUUCAGUACAUGCAGAAAUUACGAUGCCUGGACCUCGCCUUGGCCGAUUUGUAGAGGUAAAAGUGAAAACGUAACUUGCAUCAAUGAGUAUUCUGCGACCAAAGAAUCGAAAAAACACUGGUUAAAUCCAACGCCCAAUCGAGUUCACGCGAAUAACAAGCCUCAUCAGGAGAAGUAUUUGAUCCUCGAGACGCUGGAUUUUUAUUGUCCCUAUGGAACAUCAUUUAUCAAUUCUAAUGGUCACGCUCUCAUUAGAAGUCAAUGUCUUGAAGCAGAGGGUGGCAGUGUGAAAGGGCGUUGGUCGCCAGGGUGGCCCAUGUGUAAAGGUCAAGUUUGUCCAAAACUAAAUCUUAGAAAUGCUAUCGUGAACUAUAGUCAACCGAAGCGUACAGCUGGAGUUACUGCUCAAAUAACUUGUUGGCCAUCGUCACACUUCUACUUGUGGGGUUCAAAUAGCACUUCUUGUGAAAAAUCUCUACGGUGGAGCGGUAACUAUUACCGGGAGUGUUUAAGUAAAACGCAGUACGAAAAGCAGUGCGGAAAAGUUGGUGGAAACGUGUUGUAUCAUGGCAUCCAAGAUGGCUACCUGCUGUGUGAAAAGCAAGUAUCAUCAGCUUUAAGUGAGAGCAGCCACCAUUCAACCAAUCUGGUAGUUGGUACCGUAGUACCUGCAUCGAUCGUUUUCAUGAUCGUUCUGCUUAUAGCUGUCUUUUAUGUUCAGCGCAAACGCGCUCGGUUUGAACUUGAAAGAGGAGCGGUUGCUAUGAAUUGUCGCAAUGAGGCGAUCAAUUUAAUCUUACCCAGCUACGACCAGUCAGAACAAGACAAACCGACCACGCCUCCGCCUGCGUUUGAAGAUAUAUUUGAGCAUGAUGCUGCUGAGUCAGCAGAAACUGGUAUGUUGAGCAGUGAACGAACUUUAACGUCAGUACCACGAGGACUUCCGCCUGCAUAUACCCCAAGAGAAGAUAAUAACGCCGUUGACGUUUAAUAGUACUGGUUGAUCCUCCCAAGACCUGAAUCAAGUUGUUAAAAAAGAUUACUAGUUGAUUCUCCCAAGACCUGAAUCAAGUUGUUAAGAAAGUUUACUGGUUGAUUCUCCCAAGACCUGAAUCAAGUUGUUAAGAAAGUUUACUGGUUGAUUCUCCCAAGACCUGAAUCAAGUUGUUAAGAAAGUUUACUGGUUGAUUCUCCCAAGACCUGAAUCAAGUUAUAAAGAAAUUUGUUAAGCUCAAACUCGUAACUUCCAACUUCUAUAAAUCAGGUUUUUCUAAAAAAAAAAGAAAAAGAAAUUUAGCACAUUUGAAACGUUUGUGGUAUUGGUUUCAGCCUUUCUAAUUCAAUUUUUUUUCUAGCCAGCAUUUACCCAUUUCACGUCUUUAAAAAAAUGUCGCCUUGAAUUUUCGUUUUUAUGAUUCACCUUGGCAAUCCACAGUUUUACGUUGUGAUAUGAACUUUAAUUUUGGUGUCUGACAUCGGCAAUUUACCUUUUAAAUUCGAGCUUUUCUUUUCCAAAUCAGCUUGUUCACAUUGAAAGUACUUAAUUUUGUUUAGGGUAAUAAGCAAAAUGCUUUAGCAACCACUUUAUGAUCUUGAUUGAUUCUUGCAUUUAAGGAAUACUCUCUAUCGCUUUUCUACUUAUACUUUUUAUAUACUUACGAUAGAUUCAAGGCAAUCGAAGAAUUCUAUAAAUUGAAGAAAAAAUUUUCCUUGGCAGAACUUUGCCUUUUUUUCCCAAAUAACCUCGGCAUUCACCUCGUUGCUUGCUGUGUUCUGACGUGAAUUAGAAAGGCUGGGUUUGAAACCGAAAUAUUAAAAAGUCACCACAUUUUUAAUAUUUUAGAAUUGUAUAUAUUCAUUUUUAAGGCAGUGUAAAACUAUUUUACGGUCAAUCUGGUAAUAUGCUAUUUUUAUUGGUACUUGUUUUGGUUUAACUUUUAUAUUACAAUAUAACAAAAAAUGAACCGUUUUUUUUUUCUUGUCUAAUAAUUGAAAAGCUCUACAGUGUUCAAAUUUUACAACUCACACAACAGCAUUGUUUCGUUCACUUUCUUGUUUUGUAUAUAUAAUUUACAUGCACUCUUUAGACAGUAUAUUUUGUCGAAGGUAUAUUUUUAUAUUUUACAAUAAAUUCUCCGAGCACCCUCUCUCUUUAAGAAGACAAAAAUAUCAAAAAACGCUUUGGUGCAGGAAGACUUAACAGAGAAUUUUCCGAAAUUAUAGUUUGUAUAAAAACUGGUACAAGAAAAUAUUUUUUUAAA